AUGUCGAACAAUACUCCGACCGUAUUCCCCUGGGAAUGCCGAGACAAGGAAGACCAGGCAAAGGAUGCUUUCACCCAUCCGCACCGCCGUUUGAAUCAGUCUCUUACUGAAGAGAACAUGCGACUGAAGCGCAUUCUGCGCGAGAAUGGCAUUGCUUGGUCUCCUGUUUCAAUGAACCAUAUACAGCAGUCCAACCCCCUCAAGCGCAAGACCCGAUCUUCCAUGCCCACUUCAACCCCUUAUCUUCCCAUGGAAAUCAUCCUCCGAAUCCUCAAAUUCGCCAUGAAAUCUCCUAAUUCGAUUGUUGACCCAUUGUCCCCUCUGAUACCUGAGAAUCUAUCGGACAAGGAGAAGGCGCAGGGCAACCAGAUUGCCAUCAAUUUUCUAGCCACCUGCAAAGCUCUUCAUGCUGAAGGUACCCGAUACUUGUGGGAAUCGAAUACGUUCACCUUUACAACUUCUCGGGCCGUACGUGUCUUUGCAGACCUUCCUGCCGAGUUUCGUCGGGGUAUCACUCAUGUCAACUUCCGUAUCAUUGCACGAUACUAUGACGACCAGCCGUCUCGCCGACACAAGUUGGAUCGCCGCUAUCACGCUGAUCUGAACAAGGACCAUCACUUGAAGGUCCAGCAGCGCCCUACCGAAUCUCCUCUUAUUCGGGGCGGUUUCCGGUGCUACACUUGGAAUCAGAUUGUCGACUGCCUCGAGGGACUUCGUGCACCCUUCGAUCCGAGUUACCGAAACAGGAAGCAACUGCGACCCAAAAUGCUGCCAUCCCUGGUUUCCCUCCGGAUUGACCUUGUCAAUUUUUCAGACACCCUUCUGCCAUUCUCUGGCUCAGAAUUACAUGACAUCUGCGCCCACGAGCUCGGCUGCACCCUGAAUGAACUUCAAGUCACAGGCAUGCCAUUCGAUGAUACUGGCCUGAAGGCCUCUGCCGAAAUGAGCGGUAUGCUCAAAGAUGAAGGUCUAUAUCUCGAUGGCCCAGCUGCGUACAUGGCCCGCUCCAAGUACCUUCAACGUCUUAGAGGGAGGAAAUGGUGCGCUAGAGUGGUUAGAGCAUCCAAGCCGGAAGACGAGGAGGAGGACAGCGAUGACGACGACGAGCCGUUUCACGGCCAUUCGCAUGCUAGACUUGGAGUCUUGCCCCCUGCGCCGAGUGAAGAAGGACACCCAACCUCAGACCGAGACGAAGAGACUGUGAUCUGGAAGCGAGUACCUAUUAACCGAGACGCCGAUAAGCGCGAAUGGGUUCAAUUCUCCCGUCAAACCGGAUACGAGUCUGCUGACGCCGACUGGGACAGCGAAGAAGAGGGCAUCUGUCCCUGCUGCGGAGACUCCCACUCCCACUCAGGCUCGUCCUUUCUGGAUGUUUUGAUGGAUGAAUAG